AUGGACUCUUCGAACCGACCAUCAGCACCCGCCUCGGCGUCGGCACAGGCGUCCCUGUCGUCGUCUUCCAGCACAGACUCGACCUACUCCCGCAACACCGCAACCCCUUCCUACCCCACCUACGAACCUCGCAACCGCCGAAAGAGUGUCCUCGCAAACGCAGCCACCGCCUCACCGACAACGGCCACCGCACCUUCGUUGUCCUCGCAGCCCUUUCCCUCAACGGCAUCAAGCGGCGAUGCCACCACCAGCGUCGGGGCCGCGGCCGGGGCCGGGGCCGGACCCAGCACCACCACCCACUCUCGCACCGCAUCCCUCGUCGGUCGCAAGCCCCUCUCCCUUGAGAGCCAGUCCGUCACCAGCGCCAGCAGCCCAGUGACGCCCCGCCGCGGAAAGCGCAUGAGCCUCAGCUACAUCUCCUCCCCGCCGAUCUCGGGCGCACAUGCCGAACAGACCGCUUCCCCGUCCCUGUCGAGCGCAGGCGGCGAUGGCGGCUCCUACUUUUCCCCUCGUUCGGUGGGCAGGACCAGCCGCUCUGGCAGCAUGAGGCGGCCGUCGAACGCGGCUGCCGCCUCCGGCUCCGAUACCAACGGCAACGCCUCGGGUGGCGCCGCCGCCGCUACCGAUGGCGACGAUGACUGGCUCAUGUCCGACGACAACGAGGCGCCCUCCACCUCUGCAGCGGCUCGGCUCCAGUCGGGCGCCGGGAAGAGCAUGGGCGAGAGGGAUGCCGCCAAGGUCGAGUCGCAAUUUCACGACAUCGGCUACCGGGAGGGCAUCACGGCGGGCAAGCUCAGCACGCUCCAGGCAGGCUUCGACCACGGCUUCAGCGAGGUAGGUGCUCCCAUCGGCCGCGCCCUCGGACAGCUCCGAGGCCAGAUCGAUGUUCUCUCGACCAUCAUCCGCAUGGGUACCGGCGGCGGCAGUGGCGGCAGUGGCGAUCAGGAGGACGGAGGCGGCGCGGACGCGGACGCAGAACACGACGACGGCGACGACGACGGCCUCAAUGGCAGUAGAGCGGCCUCGCCGUCGGCUGCAUCUGGUCGAGCGGCCAGGGCUGGGACACGUCGGGGGAGAGCGAGGGCCCGGGGCGGGGCGGUUGGCCGGGCUCGUGCAGACGCCUCGCGCAACAAGCUUGCGUUCGCCUUCCUCCAGAGUGACGCCCUGCCUGCCGCUCAAGAGCUGCUACAGGCGCUUCGGCACGACGUUGAGCGAACCGGCCUCUCGCAGCUUGCUCCACCGGACUACGACGCGCUCGAACACGAAGCGUCCCACGCCGCCGAAGCCACGGGUCGCGAGCCCGAGCCGGUGCGCAGGGAGACGCCGGAAGAGGUCGCCGCGCGCGAGAGCAUCCUUCCACGCCUGCAAGAGAGGCUACGACAUGUGUACGAUAUGCUCGGACUCCAGAUCGGCUGA